UUUUCUCUUUGGUAACGAGUGUGCGCGAGUGUGAUUGGUGAGGAAGAAGCAGGCGGCAAGGCAGGAUCGGCCGGCGUUGGCCUGGCGUUGGCGACAGUGAAGGGUGAUAUUGUAUACGUUUGGCGCUGUAUGUUGGGAAGUCAACAGUUGCUGUUUUCUUCUGAGGUUUGAGCUUGUAUGUAUGAUUAAAAUGAAGAAAAGAUAUACCGAAGACGAUUCAGAAAACGAGUUCUCCGUGGACGAGCCUGAGGAAUUUCAAGAAUCUUCAGAUGAUUGGACUCCUGGAGGUGAUAGUGGGAAAUCCAAUCGCAAGCAGACUCGCCGCCUUCGAAGCAGCAACUCAAAGAAACCCCGGCUAGUGGAUCCUAGCAGUAGUAGUGAAGAAGAGUCUGAAGAAAUAGAUUCUGAAGAAGAAGAUAGCAAAAAAAAACGACCGAAAGGCAGGUCACCAGGUGGUCGUGGAAGACCCCCGAAGAAAAAUAUUGAGCCAAAAGAACCUAAGGAACCUAAAGAAUCUAAAGAACCUGUAGUAAGUUGUGAAGCAACUUCAACCACAUCACCCGUUCAGAAGGAAUUUUCUUCUGGUGCAUAUGUGGUGUUGAAGACUGAUUUUCAAAAUGGUGGUGAUCCACCAAUUUGGAAAAUUGAUGGAAAAGCAUUGUUGCAAAAAUACAUCCCAUUUGAACAGAAUGGCCAGAAAUUGUACAAAAACACAUCCACCUAUUCUGGAUGGUCCAUAACCAAUAAAGAUCUGUACUACCCUGCACCAAUUUCUUUUAAAGUUCAAAAUCGAAAAGAAAUAAUUGUGGAAUUUCACAAAGAUCAAAUUAAACCAUCUGACCAUGGAGAUGACAGUGAAUGAAGUUGGCAUACUUGUUUGCUUUUGGAUAUUUUUGAAUAUUAGUUCUAAGUAUUUUUAUUACUGUAAUCCCUACGGGCUUCUGGACAUGUAGUGCCAGAUUUCAUGUUUGACCAUUUCUUACCAGUGGUUCUUACAUGUUAAUUGAAGUUCAUUGAAAGAAAUGAAAAACCCAGACUCAAUAUAUUUUACUUUUCACAACAGUUUGAUUGGUAAUCCAGCUGGAGAAAUUGGAGCAUAAGAUUGGAUUGGUGCUGGCAUCAUGUUCUGGUGCAUUGUUAGGGGCGUCAUGUAUUACCUAUUUUUAUCUGUAGUUAUAAAUUUUAGGUAGACCCACAUUUAUUUGCUAAUAUAUCAAUUUUGUGGAUAACUUCCCUUCAAGAUUCAUUUGUUUUGUCUAGUUAGUGUCUGACAUAAUAUUGUCAUCUAUGGUUCUGUAAAAUAACAUGCCUUAAAUGUACAAAUACUGUGUUGUUUUUUUUAAUUCAAUAAUUUCUCAUAGCCUCAUGACAAGGAACAAUAUUAGAAGGUAUUUAAAGUAAAAAUUUGAAUUUCUGGCAAGUGCAAGGUCUUAAAAAAAUCUUACUGUAAACUUUGCCUUUACUUCUGAAGGAGCAAUGUGUUUUUGAUAAUCAGUAUUUUAUUUCUGUUAGGUUCUUAUAUACUCUUUGUUUAGGCAUAUAUGCAUUCAUGUAUUUGUGCAUUGUUAUUUUAGUGAUUAGUGGCAACAAUUAGUUAAGCUUUUGUUGAUAAGUAUGAUUUUGCUUAAAUUUUCUUGAUUUGUCACUUUUUUAAAAUAUUUUUCGAUGUAAUGUUUAAUUACCCCAACUCUCCCCUUCAUUAUUAUUUGUUCAUUGUCAUUCAUUCAGAGAAUUAGUAGGAUAUUCCAGUGUGACUUGCAGAUUCUCAGGCUGCUUUAGUUCAAAAGGGAAUUGUGGAUUUUUAAAUAAUUAAUGGUGAUUCUUAGUCACAAGUACAUACAUUUUGAAGAGUCAAGGUCUACUAGUAGAAUGACAAUUGCUGAAUAUUGCAAAAGGAUUUUGUGUAUGUUAUUAACUUUUUUUUUAAUAUAAUUUUACUUUCACAUCAGGGCUAUGUGAUUUGGAAGAAUUCAAAAUUUGUACUGUACCCUGUUUUUUAUUUUUUCCCCUUCAUAAGUGAUUCUAGAAAUUGUGGAGGGGGAAAAGUAACUUGAUAAUCUUAGUAAUUUGGAUUGUAAAAAUGGUACAAAUUGAGUGGAAAUUUGACCUUUUGGUUAUAUCAUUUUCCUUUACUUAAGAUUUCACUACGUAUAUUGAUUUUAUACCUCCCACCAUAUUUUCUGAAAUUAUUUUUUCAAAUUUAUUAUUUAAAUAGUUAUUUAAGAUUACACAAAAUUUGUGCAAGAACUUUGUAAAUUAAAUGUAGAAUUCUUAAUAAAACAAUGAAUGUCAAAUGAAAGAAAGAAUUUAAUAAAAUGUGUAAAGUUAAGAUCAUAAGUGAGUAGGUACCUUGAGGCAACUAAUUAAGUUUAAAUAAUUAAUAUUGUAUGUUCUACUACUGCUUUGUAGCAAAGGAAUGUUGAAACUCUUAGCUUAUUGACUAUACAUGUCAAAGUUGAAGUUUACUGCUUUCACUAAUAUUUAGGUGCUCUGGAAAUUGUCUUUAAAAAAAUUUUGUUGUAUCAUGUUGCACUAUGAUUUUUGCCUUUACAGACAUUAGAUACAUCUGAAUUUUUACCACACUCAAAAUGGUUGAAAGUGUAAAUAAACACACAAAAAUAAAAUACAAGUAUAUUUACUUCUGUGCGGUACUUUGUACGUUUGUAUCAAUACACACUCCAUGAUUGGUAAGCCGUAUUUCACCCAUUGACAUUCAUUGUUUGUAAGACAAUUUUAUAGUUCAUAUGUAACAAAAAUUCUGAUUCUAUUUUGAUAUAGUAUUGUGACUAUAUGAUUUUGUAUAGAGUAUGCAUCCAAUCUGUUUUUGUAGAAGCAGACGAGUCAAUAAAUAUAGUCAAAACACGAGAUUUAAAAAUGUGAAAUUAAUUUACAAAAAUGUUUUUGCUAGUAGCCAUUCAGAAUUAACCUUUAAGUUUAUACUAUCAAGUUACUACCAUUUGAAAUCACACUUCUGAUUAACCUAAAAACUUUAAGGAUGAAGAAAGUGACAGUUUGUGCAUUCUAGAUUAAGCUUCUACCACUUCCAUAAAAUGCCAAUAACUUUUCUGGAAGUGGAAGAUUUAAUUUGAUUUAUAAAUUAACAUUUCUAAAAAUUAAGCUUUUUGUAAGAAUUUGUUCCAUGGACUUCAUACCUUUAUAUUUUUCCCACUCAAAUUACAAUUUUUUUGGUUAAUCUUCCAAACACUUAACAUCUCCCUAAAAUACAAUAAUCUUGCUAAGUGCAACUGACAUCCAUAAAUGACACCUUUCGGUGUAAGUUUGAAGUGCAAUAAAAUCUUUAAAAUUGUGGUUUGAUUACAGCUUUAAGGGAGAUCAGUAAUUUUCAGCAAUGCCAUUCUAUGCAUGGCUGCAAAUCUGAAAGUAUUAUUACACAAUGCCAGAUCAAAGUUAAAGCAAUUGUGCAUUGAAGAAAUCGGUUAAGGGUUUUUU